ACUAAAUCUGAACAACCAUGCAGACAGACCGUGGGUCACAGAGGUACUGGGUCGUUAGGUACUGGAUAGGGAAUAGCAUCAUCAUCAUCCAAACCAAUGGGAACAUUUGUGGUAGGCCUAGUGCUCAAACGAAAAGGUGGCAAGGUGAUGCUGUUCUGAUUGGUAUGGUAAAAUGUUAGGACACCGGAUGAAGUGGAAAUGCCAAGACAUUUGUAUUUAUAAACUUGAAUUUUCUGAUCCCCUGACUAAUUUAAAAUACAGUAUAUUUUAGUUGAUAAAUGCCCAUCAUAUUGUAAAAUAACAUACAAACAAACAAAAAGUGGCAAACAGUGUUAACUGCUACUGUGUCUAGGGGGGAUGUGCAUCCAUAGACUGGGCUGUUUGGCCUGCAGCUAUGACAGGGUUUAUAAAUGCACUUGGCCCCAGCUCCAUUUCUGAGAGACAUUUAUGUGAAAACACAGCACUGUGCAGUAGCAGGAACAGACGUGGAACCCAUGGUAGGGUUAGUCCUGAAGUGGACUAGGCUGAUUCUGGGGCUAUAAAAAGGUGCAAAACCCUGAGAAAAUGUGGCGGAAAGACCCAGCCAAUGAACAUGAGUGUGGAAAAAUAAGAAGGCCACGUUUUUGUGUGGUGCUUGAGUUCUCCAAGCAAAACCCCCACCAAAGGUUUCUCCUAUAUUUACCAUUAUUUAGGUCAGACAGGUCAGGCUUCUUUCUUCUUGUCAGUCGGUUCAGUGUGGUGACACCGAGGUUGAGAUGCCUGGACUCUCCUCCUUCUCUCUGUCUCCAAUUUUCCAUACAUUCCUCCACCUCCUACUGCCUUCGGCCUUUUCAGAUUCAGGUUCCCCAGGCCCAGUCUCAGGUUCUCCAGGCGGAGAUUCUUCAAGUUGAGAUUUAGGUUCUCCAGAUGGAGGCAUUCCCAACUCUUCAUCUAUGACAGACAGCCUCACAUCUCCUACCUGUCUUGUUUUGUAGCAAUGUGCUUGUUGUCUCAAAUGUGACAUGGACAGAACUCCACGUUGUGUUUCAUACACAGGUUGGAAUGGGGUGGGUGCGACCUGUGCUGUAAUUUUUGAUCCCACAAUGUAAUUUAGCAAAACACGGAGGGAGGAGCAAAAGGUUAGAGAUACAUAUGAAGGAGCACAUGGAGCAGAAGGAGCUUCAGAAUCUUGGUGCUUCUUCCUUUCCAAGUAUGGAGACAGUUGUGGAGGCUGAGCUGUGCUUCCCACAGCAGAACAACUCCUGUCAGAAGCCUCUGCAGCAUCAGAGUAAUAUUAUUUUGAUUUCCCUGAUAUUGUCAUGCAUCUCUUUGCUCACUGUAACACUGAACCUGCUGGUCAUCAUCUCCAUCUCCCACUUCAGGCAGCUCCACACCUCCACCAACCUCCUCCUCCUCUCUCUGGCUGUGGCUGACCUCCUUGUUGGGCUCCUCCUAAUGCCGCUCCAGAUUGUCGUUAUAAACGGCUGCUGGUUCUUGGGGAGGGUGAUCUGUGGGCUCUUCUAUUACGCCUCCUUCAUCCUGACGUCUGCCUCAGUAGGAACCAUUGUGCUCAUAUCAGUGGAUCGGUAUGUGGCCAUCUGCGACCCCCUGUGUUACCCCACCAAGGUCACUAACAGAAGGGUCAAGAUCAGUGUCUGUCUUUGUUGGUGUUGUUCUAUCUUGUACAAUGGUGUGAUUCUUCACAGCUUCUUGGAGAACCCAGACGUGUUUAACACCUGCUACGGGGAGUGCGUGGUUGUCAUUGACUUCGUUUUAGGAGUGAUAGACGUGGCUCUGACUUUCUUCUGCUCCAUUUCCACCAUCGUAGUUCUGUAUGUUAGAAUCUUUCUCGUGGCCGUGUCUCAGGCCAGAGCCAUGAGGUCUCACAUCACUGCUGUCUCAGUCCAGGGUUCGUUUCGAGUCACAGCUAAGAAGUCUGAGAUAAAAGCAGCCAGGACUCUGGGUGUACUCGUGGUCGUCUUUCUCGUUUGUUUCUGCCCUUAUUUUUACCCCUCACUCUCGGGUGAGGACUUGUCAUCAGAUGUAACCUUUUCCAUUUUUGGCGUUUGGCUUUUGUACUGCAACUCCUGCAUUAAUCCAGUCAUUUACACCUUUUUCUAUCCGUGGUUUAGGAAAUCUGUUAAACUCAUUGUAACUCUUCAGAUACUGCAGCCUGACUCUUGUGAUGCACAUAUUAUGUAACUGAUAAAAACCUGCUGAAAUGACCUGUGCAAGGUUGCUGCAGCGAAGUAAAAAAAAAAAAGAAAAGAAAAGAAAUCUAAGCAAAUACAAGGUGAAUGAGAUCCUUCAAACCAGUAAAACAGUUUUUUAAAUUAUUGUGGUUGUACAAAUGUGUCUGUUUCUUUGCUUUGGGCUCUUUUCAAAUGAAAUUCUUUUGGUUAAUAUAUAAGAUGACCAGAAAGUUUUUACAACGAUAAAGCUCUACACAUGAUUUAAAACUCAGUAAAAGUUCCUAAAAAAUAUUUGUUUCACAAACAGUGAAUGCUUUGUGUAGACCUUCCAAUUUAUGUCCUUAUUUAUUUAUUUAUUUUUAUCAAUUUUCUAACAUAGCAUUGUUUUAACAGUAGGUUUUUGGUGUGUACAUCUUACUCCUUACUCCAGCUAAUCUUAUUUUCGCGGCAUGUCUGGGUUUUAUGAUUUUAUUCCACAUUUUGUCCGCUAGAGGGCAGGGCUGUCAUUCGGGUAUAUACAGUACAAGUCUUGACAAAUACGUGUUUUUUGAGUGUGUAAUAAAGCUAUUACUUUAUGUCGUCACAGGAGUUGAUACCUGAUUUUAAUCAUCAAGAUGCAAUUCCACCAGUUUAGGAAAAUAGAUUCAUGUAUUUAACAGGCCUUGAAUCAGAUUUAAAAUAAUAAUAAUUUUUUGUGUGCUUUCAGUUGCUGUUGAAACAAAGAAGAAUACGUCAUUAUAGCGACUUAACAAGCACAGAGAAUGAACUCGCUCACAAAUAAAUAAAUAAUAAAACUUAAUUCGACGAUUAAAACUUCGGACGUUCUACAUUUAAAAGUUGUUUUAAUACACGAGUGUAACUGUAAACAGCAGCUCAUCACUGUGUCGCUCUUUUCUCGUGUCGAUUAGGCUAGUCUGCCAGCAGGUGGCAGUAAAACACUGUUAACAGACUUUUUAUACGCAACUGCAUAUAGAAUGCAGUAACAGAUAUUAUCCAGCAGAUGCCAUUAUUGAAGAGGUUUGUAAAUACAUAUAUUCAGACAUUUCCAUUAUGGUUAUGAAGGUUACAGAGGUUUCGUCAAAUGUAUGUAUUUUUCUAAUAUUAAAUAUUUUUUGUUUCAUUUAACUUAUGAAUAAAAUUUGAUCUCUUCUCUUUUAGUUUUUGCCAGUCGCUAAACUCAUCAAGUUUUUAUCAUUUUUUAUAGUAACAUUUCGCUAGCUCUGCACUAAUCUGACACAUUUCAGAAUCAUUUUUGAUUAUUUAUCCAGCACAUUUUAAUAAAGUUAUAUUUUUGAAAUAUUUUUGAAUGAAUAAUAUUUGAAUCUAUUUUGGAAAACCUUUAUAUUAACGGUACACUGACCUUUUGCUCAUAUGUUUUAUUCUGUAUUACUGCUGAAC